GGGCUUGUCUCAUGGCGGGGAGAUGGCUGCUGCCUCCGGACCCGUAGGGUUGGGUGACCCACGAGGUCCUGCGCGCUCGGAGCCCCCUCCCACCCGCUUCCAUCAAGUUCACGGAGCUAACAUCCGCGUGGACCCGUCAGGAACGCGAGCCACACGCGUGGAGAGCUUUGCCCACGGUGUGUGCUUCAGUCGCGAGCCCCUAGCCCCGGGCCAGGUAUUCCUAGUGGAGAUAGAGGAAAAAGAGCUGGGCUGGUGCGGGCAUCUGCGUCUUGGCCUGACCGCUCUGGACCCGGCCAGCCUGGCCGCUGUUCCCGAGUUUUCACUGCCUGACCUGGUCAGCCUUGGUCACAGCUGGGUCUUCGCUAUCACACGCCACCACAACCGCGUGCCCCGGGAGGGUCAAGCAUAUGCAGAGUCAGCGGCCCCCAGCCGCCCCCAAGCCCUCUUGGUUGAACCUUAUCUGCGCAUUGAGCAGUUCCGAAUACCCCGGGACCGCCUGGUGGGACGCAGCCGGCCAGGACUCUAUAGCCACCUCCUGGAUCAGCUCUAUGAACAGAACGUGCUGCCUCCUACAGCGCGCCGUAGCCGCCUGGGUGUUCUCUUCUGUCCGCGUGAGGAUGGGACCGCCGACAUGCACAUCGUCAUCAACGGGGAAGACAUGGGUCCCAGUGCUCGGGGGCUGCCAGCUGCCCAGCCCCUCUACGCUGUGGUAGAUGUGUUUGCCUCCACCAAGAGUGUGCGCCUGGUCCAACUGGAGUAUGGCUUGCCGUCCCUGCAAACUCUGUGCCGUCUGGUGAUCCAGAAGAGUGUGGUGCACAGGCUGGCCAUUGAUGGGCUCCACCUGCCCAAAGGACUGAAGAACUUCUGCAAGUAUGAAUGAAGGCCUGAGGCCACCGGAGCAGAGCCGCAGAAGUGCCAUCCUGCCUCCAGGGCAGUGGCUGAUCCGAAACUGGCCACGUGGUGGGAAAUAAAUAGCCGGUGUUGACGUUCUGAGCACCGGAGGGUCUCCUCGUCACUGCAGCCCCGGGGCAGCCACUUCUAGAGUCACAGGCCAAAGAGAGUGUUUUAGAAUCUGUCUAGAUCAGGCCUUCAUAGUGUGUGGGCUCCUUUGAAUUAUCUAGGACACUUGGUGAGUGCCAAUGCGUGCGCACACACACACAGACACAUACACGCAAGCACAGCUUCCAUAUUCUCCUUUGGUUUGUGGUUUGUCAGAGAAUUAAACCCAGUCAUCAUGGCUUUUUGUGUUGUUUUGUUUUAGGCAAGGUCUUGCCUGCAGCCUAGAGUGGCCUUAGACUCCCAUAUUCUGAGAUUAUUAUAGGUGUGGGCCUCCAUGCCUGACAUAAACACUUUUUUUUUUUUUGUAAAAAGCCCCUUCAAAGAUUCUAAUAAAUGGUCAUAGUGAAGAUGCAUUUCACUAGAUCAGAGGUUUUACCUUUGGGAAAUAUUAUAUUUACUGCUUUGUUUUUGGUUUGUUUGAGACAAGGUCUUACUCUGUAACACGGGAUCUUGAACUGUGGCAGUCCUAUCUCAACCCGAGAGCCCAGGCAUGGCCUACUAGUUCUGCCUCCGUCUUUUGCAGUACUAGGGACUGAGAUUAGUGCCCAAUCCAGAUGAAUACUGUGCCACCAAGCCAUUUCCCAGCCUCCCUCCAACCCUUUGAGGACAGGUCCCAAUAUGUGGCCCUCGCUGGUGUGAGACUCACAAAGAUCUGCUUGUCAUUGCCACCUGAAUGCUGGGAUUAAGGGGUGUACCCCCACACUCAGAUGCCAGCCCCCUUUUAGUUGUCAUUUAGGACAGAGUCUAAUUGCCCAGGCUGGCCUUAAACUUGUGAUCCCUCUGCCUCAGCUUCCCAGGCAGCUGUU